UAACAUAAUGACGCGACCAAAGCAGCAGCUCCAGCUCCAGUUCCAGCUUCGGUUCCAUAUCAAGCUUCAAUUGUUGCUGCUCGUGCUCUGCGCAUUGUUGCAGCUGUUGCCAACGAUUGUGGCACUGCCACAGGAUAUUCUUGUGGAUGCCACACAGCUGGAACAGGCGCCAUCAUCGCCAGCUCUGAGUGGGCCAUCGGAUCUCAGUGCUGGCCUCAAUCUCGUGCCCGUGAGCAAUUUGAUUGCCGCUGCGGCAAAUGCUGAGCCUCCCGCGCCUAUUCAAUUUGUGCGAAUUGCCAUGAAUAGUGGAUUGUGAAAAGCGGCCAACAGGUGGCGUCAACUGUCUACAUCACUAAUUAAACCUGUAUUUAAUUUUAUGUUAUUUUGUUGUUUUUUUUUUAUUUUAUUUUUUAUAUAAAUGUAUAUCCUAUAAAUAA